UGGCCGCCCUCUCGCUUGCAGACCAAGCCCCUCGCCUCGGUGCUCAAGGACGUCUGUGAUGCGUGGAGCCUGCCCAAUGCCGAGCAUUAUGCCCUGCAGUACGUGGACGGGCGGCAGACCUACAUCACCGAGUCGAACCGCGGAGAGAUUAAGAACGGGAGCAUUUUGCGACUGACCACCUCCCCGGACCAAGAAGCAGAGAGGUUGUACAGCGGGAUCCAGAGCAACAACUCGGAUGUGAAGACCGACUCGCUAAAGAAGCUUGCAGGCCUCUCCCAAGACGUUACCUUUGCUCAGGAGUUCAUCAACAGGAAUGGCUUGAAACAAAUCUUCUAUAUUGUGGAAGAAGGGAAUGCUACAGGGGAGAUGCUAGCUCACACCCUGAAGGCCUUCAUGGAGCUAAUGGAGCACGACUUUGUUUCCUGGGAGACUCUUAGUGCAGCCUUCAUCAAGAAAAUAGUGAGUUACGUCAACAUGAACACGGUGGAUGCAUCUGUCCAGCAGCUCUCCUUGUCUAUCCUGGAGAACAUGGUUCCCACCAGUCGCCUCCUCUUUGAGCUAGUCAAAAAAGAAGUGACGCUGGAUCGUCUUCUCACCCACCUGCAGGUGACAAACGCCCAGCUGCAGCUGAAGGCGAUGGCCCUGCUCAUUGCACUGCUGCUGGCUGCGACCGACGCUGAGCGGCGGGACAUGAUGGACUACCUGCAGGAGAAGAACAUCAGGCAAUUUAUCCACAAGAACAUCAUCCACAGCUCCGAGCCGCUGGGGGACGAGAUGGCCCACUACCUGUACGUGCUACAGUCCGUCAGCCUCAACCUGUGCGAGCGCCGCAUGAGGACCUCCAUGGAUCCCUACUCACAGGAACAGCGGGAGCUCCUCCAGUCACUGCGCCAAACCGCCUUUGAGUCAGAGAGUGAGGCACCUGCCAGCAACUUCAGCACCGAGCGCCGGCGAUCCCUGUGUGCCAAGGAGUUCCGCAAGCUGGGCUUUAUGAACAACAGCAACCCAGCAGAGGAUCUCCGCCGUGCCCCGCCAGGACUCCUCGCCCUUGACAACAUGGUGUAUUUCUCCAGGCACACCCCCAACGCCUACAGCAGGUUUGUCCUCGAGAACAGCAGCCGGGAAGACAAACACGAAUGCCCCUUCGCUCGAAGCAGCAUCCAGCUCACCCUGAUCCUCUGCGAGAUCCUGCAUGUUGGAGAGCCGUGCUCGGAGACGGCUCAGGCCUUUUACCCUAUGUUCUUCGGGCAGGAUCAUUUCUUUGAAGAGCUCUUCUGCAUCUGCAUCCAGCUGGUGAACAAGACCUGGAAGGAGAUGCGCGCUACCCAGGAGGACUUCGACAAGGUGCUGCAGGUGGUGCGGGAGCAGAUCACCAGGACCCUGUCCCUCAAGCCCACCUCCCUGGAGCUAUUCAAGACCAGGGUGAACGCAUUGAACUACAGCGAAAUCCUGAAGCUGCGACAGACGGAGCGGCUGCACCAGGAGGAAAAAAAGAGUAUGCUGGAGUUGCGCGAGAGGCUGAAGCCGGAGCUCCUGGAGCUGAUCCGCCAGCAGCGCCUGCUGCACCUCUGUGAGGGCACCCUCUUCCGCAAGAUCAGCAGCCGCCGCAGGCAAGACAAGCUCUGGUACUGCCGCCUGUCACCCAACCACAAGGUGCUGCACUAUGGGGACGUGGAGGAGGGGGUGCAGUCUCCCCCCAUCGAGAGCCUGCCAGAGAAAAUUCCUGUGGCAGACAUGAAGAUGCUGCUCAUGGGGAAGGAGUGUCCGCACACGAAGGAGAAGAGCUCUGGGAAGCAGAACAAGGACGUCCUGGAGCUGGCCUUCUCCAUCGUGUACGACAUGGAGGAAUACUGCCUCAACUUCGUUGCCCCGACCCGGUACGAGUUCUGCCUCUGGACGGACGGGCUGAACGUGCUCCUGGGCAAGGAGAUGACGAGCGAGCGAACGCAGACAGACCUUGACGUCCUGCUGUCCAUGGAGCUCAAGCUGCGGCUCCUGGACCUGGAGAACAUCAGCAUCCCUGAUACCCCCCCUCCUGUCCCAAAGCCCCCCAGCAACUUAAACUUCUGCUACGACUUCAGCCAUGCAGAGCAGUGA